AUGGUCAUUAUGGAUGGAUGGCAGUUUCAAUGUACUAUAACAUCUUGCUUACCCAUUGCUAACAUUACUGUAUCUAAUAUUCUUAACUGUCAAGUUAGUUGCUUAGAAAACAGUCAAUGCAAAGCUGCUAGUUUUCGUCAAUCGACUUCUAAUUGUCAGUUGUUUAGUAAUGACGUUAAUCAAAACACUACAUUAGUUGGAACCGCCGGUACAGUUACUAUGGUUGUCAUUGAUGGCACACGAACACCAUCCGCUUCGUCACCACCAACGUCAUCCUCGUCACCAUCAGCAUCAACUUCGUCACCAUCAGCAUCAACUUCAACAAGCUCUGUUAGCGUAUGCAACAGCACGUACUCGAGUUCGCUCACUUUCUCAACUGGUAGUCAACCAUUUUCAGCAGCAGUCAUUGAUGUAAAUUCGGAUAGCAAACCUGAUAUAAUUGCUGCUAAUUCUGGUGCAGAUACAGUUAGCGUUUUUCUCAACAAAGGCAACGGCACAUUUUCUCCACAAACUACUUACUCAACUGGUACUGGCAGUCAACCAUUGUCAGUAGCAGUCGCUGAUGUAAAUUCGGACAGCAAUCCUGAUAUAGUUACUGCCAAUUAUGCUACGAGUACAGUUAGUGUUCUUCUUAACAACGGCAACGGCACAUUUUCUUCUAAAACUACUUUCACAGCCGGCAGUCAUACAUACGCCGUUGCAAUCGCUGAUGUAAAUUCGGAUAGCAAACCCGAUAUAAUUACUGCCAAUUAUGGCGCAGAUACAGUUAGUAUUCUUCUCAACAAUGGGAAUGGCACAUUUCUUCCCCAGACUACUUUCACAACUGAUUCUAGUCCAUCUGCCGUACAAAUCGUUGAUGUAAAUUCGGAUAGCAAACCUGAUAUAAUUACUGCCAAUUAUGAUGGUAACACAGUUAGUGUUCUUCUCAACAAAGGCAACGGCACAUUUUCCUCACAAACUACUUACUCAACUGCCACUGCUCCUGAUUCAGUAGCAGUCGCUGAUGUAAAUUCGGACAGCAAGCCUGAUAUAGUUACUGCCAAUCAUGACGCCAACACAGUUAGUGUCUUUCUCAAUAAAGACAACGGCACAUUCUCCUCUCAAACCACCUACGCAACUGGUACUAAGCCAUAUUCUGUAGCUCUUUUCGAUGUGAAUUGUGACAGCAAAGCUGAUAUAAUUGCUGCCAAUAAGGAUUCAGACACAGUUAGUAUUCUUCUCAACAAAGGGAAUGGCACAUUUUCCCCCCAAAUCACUUACACAACUGACACUGGACCAGCCUUCGUGGCAGUAAUCGAUCGAUUGAAAGAGACAUACAUCAAAGUGUCUAUAUCACUAUUUGUAUUGAUUGGACUUAUCUAUUAUGUUGUAGCUGCGCCAACUGCAAACGAGCCGCUUCAAAUUGUCACUGCUCGUGCUGAUACUUCACGAUCUUUUUCGGUCGACAAACAUGUUGAUAAAGUUCUUUCGUUUUGGACUGACGAUAAACUCAAAGCAGCACGACCAGUGAUGCCAAACCGUAAGCUUAACGCUCAAUCGGCGACAAAACUACAGCCAAUAGCGAAUGGCCCACUUGGCUUCGUCGAUGGGACAAUUGGAUCAUUACAAAAGGCUGCCGUAGAAGCAGGAAUAGUAUCAGGAAUAGAUCAAAAUGAUCCCUCAAGCAGAAAAGUUUUUAGCGGUACAGGGCGUCAUACAUAUACAGUUGGAAAAAUUUUUUGGAAUAUAACUGCGGACACUUAUGGAAUGUGUUCAGGUACUAUUGUUACAGCUGGUCACUGUUGCUAUGAUUACGAUGCAAAGAAAUGGCGUAUCAAUCAGAACUUUAUUUUUAUUCCCGGCUACAACAAUGGAGCUCAACCAUAUGGAAAAUGGGCGGCUCGAGCUAUGACAGCAUACAGUUCCUGGGCAGUUAAUAAAAACUUCAACUAUGAUGUUUGCUUUGUAAAUCUUUACACGAAUUCUAAAGGUCAACAUAUUCAAGCAUUACAAGGUUCAGAAGGUCUCGGUUAUAACUAUCCACGAAAUGCACUGACCUAUUCAUUUGGUUAUCCAUACAAUUUGCAACAAGGUCAAGUCAUGCAAUAUUGUUCCGGUAAAGCUGCAGCUUCCAAAUAUGGCAAUGGCUUUAACGGCCAAACCAUUCCAUGCGAUAUGACUGGUGGUUGCUCUGGUGGACCUUGGUUUCAAAGCUUUGAUACAACAGUGGGUGUUGGUAUUAUUACAUCAUUGAACAGCUUUAUCAUUAACAGUAUUGCUAACUACAUGAAUGGACCUUAUUUUGACUCAUCAAUUUGGUCACUCUAUCAGCAAUGUGCAAUCAAAUAA